UUUUAAAUUUUUAAUAUCAUAAAUAUCCGCGGAUUCAUCAUUAAGAAGAGUAAAUUCAAUCCCUCGAAUCUCAGAAUCACGAAUUUACCCUUUCUCUCAUCUAUUUCCAUCACUCUCUGAUCUUCAGAACUGGCGGUUUCCAUCAGUAUCAGAUUUUAAUUUGGACAUGCAAAUAAGUGGCAUGUUGGAAGAAGACACAUUUCAACUUGAUAGGAAUGAGAAUGAUCAUACGAGUUUUGAGGGUGGAAGAUGUGGGAUAUGCAUGGAUGUUGUCAUUGAUAGGGGGGUUCUAGAUUGCUGCCAGCACUGGUUCUGUUUUGCAUGUAUUGACAACUGGUCCACAAUCACAAACCUCUGCCCUCUUUGUCAGGGUGAAUUUCAGCUGAUUACAUGUGUUCCAGUAUAUGAUACCAUUGGAAGCAACAAUGUUGAUGAAGACUCCUUAUCUAGAGAUAAUGAUUGGUUCGUUGAGGGGAAGAGCAAAGCUCUAUCUUUUCCGUCAUACUAUAUUGAUGAAAAUGCAGUUAUCUGCUUGGAUGGGGAUGGAUGCAAAAUUCGAAGUGGAUCAACAACUGUGGAGGGAGAUUCAACUCUUGACACAUCGAUUGCAUGUGAUUCUUGUGAUAUGUGGUAUCAUGCUUUUUGUGUCGGCUUUGAUCCUGAAGGCACUUCUGAAGAUACAUGGUUAUGUCCAAGAUGCACUGUUGACGAGCCACAGAAGUCAGCUGUCAAUUUAACACAAAGCACAAAUAGCCAGUGUGGUCCAGAAAGUGCAGAAGGUGAAUGUUUGGCAGAGGCUGCAUUUUCAAGAAAGGUAUCUGUAUCCGUUGCUGAUGCUGGUGAAACUGCUAUUGUUGUGUCAACGGUUGGAGGAAAUCAAUGUACUGAAGAGCCAAAUGAGUACUCUCAGUCGAUGCUUGAAGUUGACAAGGGCCUCAGAAGUGAAACAUUUAUUAAUGAUGGUAAUGGUCCUAAGGCUGAUUCGCCAUUAGGUAAGAGAACUGAUAUUCCAACAGUGUUGGAGAUGCAGGAGCUGGAGCUAUCCUUAUUGCAUGGUACAUCUUCAAGUCUACCUUCUAAUUCCUUGGGACAUACUGAGUUGAAGAUAAGCUGUUCUGAUGAAAAAGUAAAUGAACAGUGUUCCUCUGAUGGCGUUAAAAUUUCCUUGAGCAAGUCUUUUAAUGAAAUUUACACUGGAAGGAAACUCUUUGAAAGUGAAUCCAGUAUAGGUCUUCAUCUUGGUUUAUCUGUGGGCUCCUUUUUAUCUGUUAAUGACGUAAACAAAGAUUUAACUGAAGAUCAAAUUAGUAGAGAUGUACAGCAGCAAGAUCCUUCAGGAGAACCUUUGCCCAAAGCUGACAAGAUUGAGCCUGUUGCUGGUGAAGAUGCUUCCCAAAUUAUUGGUGUAAAGAGAAACCAUUCAGAAUGCAGUGAUGGUCCUCUCUUGACGGAUGAUGACCACGAAACCAAAGCUAAGGACACUCAGGUUUCUGCAAAGAAAAUUAGAGCUGAAGGGAAGACUCAAAUUAUCUCAGUUAAGGAAGAAGCUGAUACACCUAUUUCCAAUGAUUUCCAAAAACCUCCCACUUUGAUAGCAGGGACCAAAGAUUACAAGUCAAAACUUAGUCCACAGAAGGCAAAUAUGACUUCUAUAAUGAGUAUAGUCAAGGGGAAGAAACAUAGGUCUCCCAAGGGGCUUGUGCACCAAAAUUCUUCAGAUAAUUUCUUAAAAGAAAGAGAAAAUGCAUCUCGUUUGAGAGUUAAAAAAAUCAUGAAGAGAGCUACUGAAGAUAAGGAUUCAUCAGCAAUAGUGCAAGAACUAAGAAAAGAAAUAAGAGAAGUUGUUCGUAACAGAUCCUCAGAAGAUUUUGGUGAACACCUUUUUGACCUUAAUCUUCUUUCUGCCUUCAGGACUGCUAUAGCAGGACCAAAAACUGAACCUGUCAAGAAGAUAUCACCUUUGGCUGUGAAGGUUAAGAAGUCCUUGCUUGAGAAGGGUAAAGUUCGUGAGAAUCUAACGAAGAAAAUUUACGGGAACUCCAAUGGAAGAAGAAGACGCGCGUGGGACCGAGACUGUGAAGUUGAAUUUUGGAAGUAUCGCUGCCUGAGAGCUACAAAGCCUGAGAAGAUUGAGACUUUGAAGUCAGUUCUUAACCUCCUCAGAAAGAAUCCAGAAAACUCAGCUGUUGAGCCUUUGACAGAAUGCCAAUCUAAAAAUUCCAUACUUUCCAGAUUGUACUUAGCAGAUACAUCUGUUUUUCCACGCAAGGAUGAUGUCAAACCUCUUUCAGCUCUUAAAGUUGCCAGUCAUACUGACCAGAGUAAAGAUCAAACUACUUCAAUUGAGAAAGAUUCAAAGCUUUCUAUUGAUAAACGUGCUUCAAAAGUAACUGAAACAAGUAAGGUUUCAUCAAAAGUUGGCAUUCCCUCACUUGUUGAGAAAGGGACCAAAAAUAGUUCAUCAUCCUCUAAAAGUGAUGCUGCUUCUAGUAAAACUUAUCUGAAUGGACGCCCAAAAGGGUCUUCUGUUUCUCCAUUAGGUGAUUCUACCGUCAAUUCCAAGAAUGGCAUGACUGUUAAAUCUGAUAAUGUGAAGAUGGAUAAAAGAAAAUGGGCUAUGGAGAUUCUUGCUAGGAAAACUGCUGUGGCGGGCAAAAAUGGAACACAUGAAAAACAGGAGGACAAUUCAGUGCUUAAAGGAAAUUAUCCUCUACUAGCUCAACUACCAAUAGACAUGAGACCAGCACUGGCACCUAGUUGCCAUAAUAAAAUCCCUAUAUCAGUUAGGCAGACACAACUUUACCGCCUAACAGAGCUCUUUUUGAGGAAAGCAAAUCUACCAGUCAUUCGCAGAACUGCAGAAACAGAAUUGGCCAUUGCAGAUGCUGUUAAUAUUGAAAGGGAGGUUGCUGAUAGGUCAAACAGCAAACUAGUAUAUUUGAAUCUAUGUUCCCAGGAGAUAUUGCAUCGUUCGGAUAACAAGAAGGCUGUUAGAGCCACAGAAUCAAAUUCUUCUCAAUGUUUAGUUCCUGUUCAUGAAUCAGAACAAACUACUGACAAACCUUCAGCUGACCCCGUGGUUGAAGAAGCGUUGAGAAAUGCUGGUCUUUUAUCCGAUUCCCCUCCAAAUAGUCCACAUCACACAACACAGGUCCAGAAUGAAGUGAAUAUUUCCUCAAUGGAGACUAAAGAGGAAGGACCUGAUAGUAUAUUUGAAAUGGAUUCUCAUCCAGAAGUGGAUAUAUAUGGUGAUUUUGAUUAUGAUUUAGAAGAUGAAGACUACAUUGGAGCUAGUACCGUGAAAGUUUCUAAGGUACAACAGGAAGAGGUUGCGGCAAAAAUGAAAGUGGUUUUCUCCACUCUCAACUCGGAAAAUUCAAGUAAUUCUGUAGAUCUCAAAGAUGGGGUUUCGAGAAAGAAUGAUGUUGAUGAGGAUUCCUGUCCUACCGAUGGAGGCAUUAAAAACUCAACUGCAAAGUGUGUGACUGGCAAGUCCUGCGUUCCUCCUGAGUCCUUACCUUGUGAAGAAGGUGAAGAUCUUUCACUAGCAGAAUGUGAAGAGUUAUACGGCCCAGAUAAAGAACCAAUCGUUAGCAAAUUUCCUGAAGAAUCACAGAAGCUAUAUGGACUACUUAAUGGAGAAGCUCCAGCUGAGAACAAAUGCACUGGAAAAACAUGUGAUGUUGUAACCAAAAUCUGUGAAGAGAAAACAAUUUUCAGCAGCAACAGUCACAACUCUUCUGGUAUAGAAAAAUCACCGGCUCAUUUUCAAACAGGCGAUAGAAUCACGAAGAAGGAAACUACAUCUAACACUGGUGAUGACAAGCAGUGUGGCAGCUUCAAUGUGCAUCAGAAGGUGGAAGCUUACAUCAAAGAGCACAUCAGGCCACUCUGUAAGAGUGGUGUGAUCACAGUUGAACAAUAUAGAUGGGCAGUGGCAAAAACUACUGAUAAAGUUAUGAAGUACCACUCAAAUGCCAAGAAUGCGAAUUUCCUUAUCAAGGAAGGUGAAAAGGUGAAGAAACUUGCCGAGCAAUAUGCCGAGGCAGCUGCCCAACAGAAGGGGAAAAUCGAUCAUCCGUCCUGACACUUCUCCAAAUUUAUUUAUUUUUUUCUUUUAAAGGAAAAAAAAAAAAAAA